AUGCGUCAAACGCAAGAGGGUGGUUCAUUGUCAAACUUGAAAACCAAGUUAGAAACUAUACGUUCUGUGGGGCCUCUCUCAGCAUCAUGUUGCAUCUACAGAGUACCACCAAGCCUUCGAAAGGUGAAUGAAGAAGACUACACACCUAACUUAGUUUCCAUUGGCCCAUUUCACCAUGGAAACAGAAAACUAGAACCAACGCAGCAUUUAAAAUUGUGGUACCUCCACAAAUUUCUCGAGAGGACUCAAGAGAGCAAGUCAUUUGAUGAUUUUGCUAAAUUCCUACAAAGCUCAGAAGAUAAAAUCCGACGUUGUUAUUCGGAGACCAUACAGAUGGAAAGCGACAAAUUCAUAAGCAUGAUUUUAACCGAUGCUGGCUUCAUCAUUGAGUUGUUUCUUGCUCGUAGUGAUGAUCUAUCUUCAAGUGAUGACCUUCCUUCAGGUGAUGACCUUCCUUCAGGUGAUGACCUUCCUUCAGGUGAUGACCUUCCUUCAAGUGAUGACCUUCUUGUUAAUAAACCAUGGCCAAGGGCUGAUCUACUACAAGACCUGGUUUUAAUUGAAAAUCAAUUACCACUUUUUAUUCUUGAAGACCUCUACCACCAAACUUUUCCCACAGGAUUCAAUGGUAUGCUUUCAUUUCUUGAUCUUGCCAUCCCUAUUUUCGUGGGACAUUUCUCAGGAAACAUAUACUAUACCACAUAUGAUAAAAUAUUUGACAAGUCUUCCAUUCCAUACCAAGUAGAACACCUGUGUGAUAUAUUAAGGGCAUUUUGCUUACCAACUAAUCCACCACCAAGAAUUAGACUUAGAGCAUCAAAGCGUUCACACAGUGCGAGUCAACUACAUGACUCAGGAGUCAAAUUACAAGUUCACGAAGGGAAAAAGUUAACUGAGGUUCUAUUUUCAGACGGAAGUCUAAGAAUACCAAGUAUGAGGGUGAGUAAUAUCAUUGAGAAGUUGUUGAGAAACGUGGUGGCUUUUGAGCAAUGUCACUAUCCUUCUAAGCACUACGUGACUGAUUACAUUGUCCUCUUGGAUUUUCUCAUCCAAUCCGGGAAAGACGUUGAGAUUCUGGUUGAAAAGGGAAUCAUGGAGAGCUUUCUUGAUGGUGAUGCGGUGGCGUCCAUGUUUACCAGUUUACGUAAGAAUCUUAUUGAAACAAGUGCCAAUAGUGGGUAUGUCUCUUUACAUGCGGAGUUAGAUGAGUUUUGUAAUAAACCUUAUCACAAGCAUAAAGCAAUCUUUGUGCGUGAUUAUUGGAGCACUCCCUGGAAAAAAGCUUCUUCUACUGCUGCAGUUCUCCUACUUUUCCUCACUUUUAUCCAAACAAUAUGUUCUAUCAUCCCUUUGUUUAAAAAGUAG